AUGAUAAUCUCCUCCACUUCCUUCUUCAGCAUCCCCUUCAUCUCCACGCUGCUUGCAAUCAUUCUUGCAGCCACCUUAUUAUUCAUCCGAAACCACAGAAUAAACCUAUCCAGAAACUCGCCGCCGGGGCCAUGGAAGCUCCCCAUAAUAGGCAACAUCCACCAGAUGGUCGGCGACCAACCCCACCGCCGGCUCAGGGACCUGGCCCGCAAAUACGGCCCCGACGUGAUGCGCCUCCAGCUCGGCGAGCUCUCUUGCAUCGUGAUCUCAACCCCUGAAGCCGCCAAGCUAGUGAUGAAAACCCACGACAUAGCUUUCGCUUCACGGCCUUACAUCCUGGCCACAGAUGUACUCUUCUACGGUCGCAAGGACAUAGGUUUCGCGCCCUACGGAGAGUACUGGAGGCAGCUGCGCAAGAUCUGCACCCUCGAGCUCUUCAGCGCCAAGCGCGUCGAGUCCUUCCGACACAUAAGGGAACAAGAGGUGUCGAAUCUCGUGGCUUCCCUCGCUCUUUCCUGCCACGCGGAGGCAGGAAAGUCCGGACCCGUGGAUCUCACCCGUGCUUUGUUCACCGUGACGAGUACCGUCACUUCCAGGGCGGUAUUCGGUAAGGUGCAGCAGCUGAGCGGUGCUUUCCAGACCGUUCUGGAUAAUUAUUCGGAUGCUACUGGAGGUUUCAAAAUCUCUGAUCUCUAUCCUUCUCUUACGUUGCUUCCAACUCUCACUGGAUUCAGAGCCAAACUAGAGAAGAUGCGUGAAGCAGCAGAUUCGGUAUUGGACCAGAUUAUCGACGAGCAUCAAUUGAGGAGAAGGGCGGGAAUGAAAAGUAACGAUGAUUAUAAUGAGAAGGAGGAUCUUGUUGACGUUCUUCUUAAUAUUCAAGAAAACCAGGAUGUUGAAGUCAUCACACCGGAGGUCAUUAAAGCAGUAACUCUGGAAAUAUUUAUUGCUGGAGUCGAUACAGCAGCCACAACACUGGAGUGGACCAUGUCAGAAAUGAUAAAGAAUUCGGGAGUGCUAGAAAAAGCACAGCGAGAGGUCAGAGAAGUAUUUGGUGAUGGUGAGAACAACAAUUUUAACGAAGCACGUCUUCACCAAUUGAAGUAUUUGGACAUGGUCAUCUCCGAGAGUUUAAGAUUACACCCACCAGUUCCUUUGCUUGCUCCAAGAGAAAACAAAGAUCAGAAAGUGGAACUCAACUCAUCAUAUGAUAUCCCAAUGAACACAUAUGUGAUCGUGAAUGCCUGGGCGAUCAAUCGAGAUUCUCGCUAUUGGACGGAGGCGGAGAGAUUCUACCCGGAAAGAUUUAUCGACUGCCCAAUCGAUUACAACGGGACCAAUUUCCAUUUUAUCCCAUUUGGUGCCGGAAGGAGGAUGUGUGCUGGAGUUUCUUUCGGGAUGGCGGUCGUGAAACUUACGUUAGCAAGUUUGCUUUUCCAUUUUGACUGGACACUCCCUGCUGAACAAAAAAGCAUUGAUAUGACAGAAUGCUUUGGAAUGACACUCAGAAGACAAUAUCCUCUCCGUCUGAUUCCAUUUCCUUAUGGUCCCGUGCUUUGA